AGCUGGCUGAGAAGGUCACAAAUGAUGAUCACGUGACUCUGGGACAUUGCAAGUGUUAGAAGUGCGAGCUGGUUGCCAAGCACCUGAGUCUUAAUCAUGUGACUAUGGGGGUGCUGUGAUGGUUGUAAGCGCAAGGACUGGUGGUGAGUCCCUUGGUUCAGCGCCAUUGUAACUUUGGACAGUGACUAAACAAAUGGUGGUAAGUGCCUGUAUUUGCACUUACAUUUGGGAUAUUGUGGCACCACUUUUUACAUGGCUUAACCUCAGGAUUUUUAUUUAUUCAUGUUGCCCUUUUAUUUAUAUAUUUUGAAAGAAUAUAAGGAAUAGGCGGUAAGGAUAAGAAAAUCAGGUAAAGAAAUAUGGGCAAAUAAGUAACAAAUCUGGAAUAUAAAACGAAUACAUUGUGCUUGAUCCUUAGAAGCUUAUGGUAUCGUCAAAUAUUUCAUAUCCAUUUUCUAAUCAAAAUCCAUGUGUCCUUGUUGAGUUUGAAGUUAAAAAUGCUUAGUUAAAACAAAUCAUUAAAAAAAACUAGAAAUAGUAGAUCAUGCAUUAAAGCAAUCAUAUAAUUAUCCAUCAAGUGAAAAUAUGGACUCUAAAACCCAAAUUUUGCAGGCAGCAUAAUUCUGUGUAUAAGAUUGUACAUAAGAAUGGUUUCCAAUUAAAAUUAAAACCUACGUUGGGUUUAUUUUUUAAGUAUAAAUUUAUUCUAGGCAUUGAGGCAUGUUCCCACAGGGCAGUCCACCAUUCUUGAAAGGAGAAAACAACUCCAGGAUUUUAGAACAAGGCACCAAGGCUGGACUCGGGGGCAAUUUGGAGCCAGUUUUCAUAAAUCUGAGAGAGAUGAUGCACUGUGUAUGAACUCAGCCCCUCUGCUUGAAGGUUCGAGAGAGCCAGAGCUGUUGGUUUAUCCCAACUUGGCUGUCCUCCAGAUACGCUGGACUACAGCUCCCAUCGCUUCCCAGGCAGCAUGGGCCUGCUAGCUGGGGGUGAUGGAACUGGCAAUCCAACUUCAUUUGAGAGCAUCUUGUUAAAAGUCCGGUCUGUGGUCUUUAUAAAGGCCCUUUUCUGGAAUGCGAUUUUCCCGGCAAAAUUCUCUCUAAGGGUUAAACUGACUGAGACUUACAUUCCUAGUGUGUCUUCUAGGAAGAAGGGUUGUAAAUUGGGUUUAAGUCACUUCCUGCUUUUAACACUGUUCCCCCCACCUUUCCAACGAAUUUUUUCCACUCGGGGGUCAAUGGCCAGGCGAGAUCUGCCAGGCAGGACGAGUUGUUUUACCAAACGCUGCAGCCCUGUACGCCUGCGUCUGACCAGACAGCCGUAGCUUCAGCUUGCGAGCAAGCCUGCCACGAUGUUGUGUGAGUGUGCGUCUGCGCACAACGUAUUCAUCAGACUCUUCACCCACCUUCUCUGGAGGAGCUCACGGCAAUGAAUCUCGGAAUCAGAGGGUCCCAGGGAUCCUUAGAGGUCAUCUAGUCCGCUCCCUGUUGAGAGAAGACCCUCCAGUUUUUACCCAAAGCAUCUCACCCGCAAGGUCCCUGAGAUUCACAUUCGCUUCCCUGCCGCCACUCUUCUCAGGACUCUGCCUACUUCUUACAUGCAAAUACUCGUGACUCAGCCAUUCUCCCUUUUGUGAUCUGUCCUCCAAGGUAAGGAAAGAACCCUCUGGCUAGCUGGAACCAACCCGUCUUCCCUCUUUGGUGGCUGUAUCCUCCAGCCAGUGUUACCAAGCAACAAUCUGUUGACUUUGUAGAAUCAAGAACUCGCGUCCGUGCACCUCGUUUCUCCAAAUUCCAGCUGUCUUUGUCCUGAAGAUGAGGACAGAGCAAGGCGAUGCUUUGCCUGCAAGUCCAGAGUUGAGGGACGCGCUGAACCAGGAAGAGAAAAUGGGUGAACCAGAUGUGGUAGGCCCUCAAAUGGCACCCCAGGUCUCCCUUGGCUUUCAGGCAGGGAAUAACAGGAAAUACCAGGAAAGAAAGGGAGCAGCCAUCUUGGACGAGGAGAAUGCAAUCCGCUUGGACACACCCCAGGAUCAGAGGCGAAGCCAGGAGUGUCAGAGGCAGAGGCUGUUAGGUUUCUUCCUGGAGAAAGUAGAAGAAGAUCAGGGACCGGUGACCUUUGAGGAAGUUGCCGUGCGUUUCACCAAGGGGGAAUGGGGGAUGCUGGAUCCAGAGCAGAGGGCGCUCUAUCGGGAGGUCAUGGUGGAGAACUACGGGACUGUGGCCUCUCUGGAAGGGCCUCCAGUUCCCAAACCUGAUCUCAUCUCCUGGUUGGAAGACAAAGAAGAGAUAUACAGCCCAAGCUCUGAAGAAGGAGAUGGGAAAAGAGGUGUCACCUGGGGAAAUGAUGGCCACAGUAGAUCGGUUGGGGUGGUGUCUGAUGAAGGGACGGGCAAAGAAGUAGAAGAUCAUCUGUGGAAUCAGAGAGGGGAAAAGAAACAAGAAGAGAACCAACCAGCCAAAAUAUGGCCAAAGGAAUCGGCAGGUGAUGAGACGAUACCUGGAACCGACACCAAGACGAGUGGGGGCCUCCUGUCCAAAGAACCCCUGCAGGCUCUGCCAGGAGGGUCACAAACAAGGGUCCCCCUUGUGAUGGAGAUGGCUGAGAGUGAUGUCUGGGAAAGUGGGAGUGAAUGGGAACCUUAUGGGGUAUUGUCAGAAGAUACGGAGGAUGAGGACACAGAAAGCAACUUUGGGAACCCAAAAGGGCCAGAGAGGAAUAAAGAAACCCAAGUUGAAGAGUGGCUGAAUAAAGACAAUUCCCAGGAAAGCAACUACAGUGGAAUGUCGGUGCAACAAAAAAUCUACAAGGGCAAGAGGAAGAACCAGUGCAAAGUUUGUGGGAAAAGUUUCACUCGAAAGGCAAGCCUUAAAGUUCACCAGAGAAUCCACACAGGGGAGAAACCCUAUAAAUGCACCGUCUGUAGCAAGGGCUUUUGUGACAAAACCAGCUUUCUUCGCCACCAGAGAAUCCACACCGGGGAGAAACCGUACAAAUGCCCAGAAUGUGGAAAGAGUUUUAAUCGGACCACAAAUCUGAUUACCCAUCAAAAAACGCACGUGGAAAGCAGAGAGAAGACCUUUCAUUGCUCCAGCUGCAGCAAAAGUUUUUACAACAAGUACAGCCUGAAGACCCACUGGCGAAGCCACACCGGGGAGAAGCCAUAUAAGUGCUCCAGUUGCAGCAAGAGCUUCUGCGAUAAGUCCAACCUGGAAGCUCACUGGCGCGUGCACACCGGGGAGAGGCCUUUCGAAUGUUCAGAAUGCGGGAAGAGCUUCAGUGACCGCAGAACCCUUCUUCGCCACCAGAGGAUCCACACGGGAGAGAAGCCGUACAAAUGCACCGAAUGCGGGAAGAGCUUCAACGACCUCGCCACGCUUCUCCGGCACCAGAAAAUCCACACGGGAGAGAAACCCUAUCGGUGCACUGAGUGCGGGAAGAGCUUCAACCAGAGCUCACAUCUCAUCCGACAUCAGAACACGCAUGACGCCAAACGCCAUAAAACCUUGGAACCAAAGCGUGGGUCGAAGGCUUCCAUUGGGGCCAACAUCUUCCUGGAUAUCGGAAGCUUCGCCCAAGAGAGCUAUUACCAGUACACUCACCCCACAGAGCCUUUCCACUGGCCCCUUUCGUCGUAUUCAUCUUCCACUGAGCCAGGGGAAGGAGGCAUGCCAAACCUGUGGACUAUUCAGGAGACAUCUGUGGGAGAUCAAGCCAUCCUGGUUAUGAAAGAAUUCACAGAGGAGAGGACCUUAGCCCUGUGAAGGUUGUGGGUGCAAAAGAGACUUCGGCUGCAGCUACACUUUCUGGGCAUCCUAACCUGGUCAACCCACAAGCUGUGCAAAGGUUGAAUCCCAUCCUGAAAAUGAACCCGUUUUCCAAGGACAGACUCAUUGAUCCGAAAUCACAGAGCAGGGCUUUCUUUGGAAAGAGACCAGAUUCUUUAGGAAAGAUGGAAGGCAUGAAAUUCCUGGACAUCUUCACUGUUUGCUCACUGUUUGGCUGCGGGCAAUGAUUGGAGAGAGAGAGAGAGAAAUAUACAUUCUCCAAAGACCGGAUUUAGGGUGCAAGCUUGGGGAGGGGAGGAGAAGGACAAGAGAUUGAUGGUUCAAAAUUGUGCUACUCCAGCAGCAAGUUCAGAUCUCACGGUUUGGCCCCCAGGGCUGUUUUCUCAGUCCCCAGGGAAGCAAAAAGAAUAAUUGAAUUCAAGCAGUUGAAAGAAAAGACAAUAGAAUAUCCUGCCUUGAAGAGCAGGAGUUCUUUCUCCUCCCCGUUUUUGAAAUGGGAUCCUUUUUAGCUGAACCAGGUGAGAAAUGCUGGGUCUCUUCCGCUUGCUCUGACUUCCUUGAACGAACCCCAGGUUCAAAAGGGAGGGGGCAGGAGGGCUGUUGGCGUUGGUAAAUAAAAGGAUAGCCUCUUUUGUCCACUGAAUAGAAAUUUAAACAUGCAGAAAGAUUGCAGAUGAGGAACAGGUGGUCCAAAGAAAUUGGGACAAAAGCGUGGACAUGAAGCAAGACUGCUGUUUUACGAAUACCCUUUUUACUGUUUAAUUUUCAAAGAAGAGAUCCUCCAAAGGAGUGUUUCUCAGCCUUGCCAACUUUAAGAUGUGCGGACUUCAACUCCCAGAAUUCCCAGCCAUUCCCAGAAUUCCCCAGUCAG